AAAAGUCAACUUAUCGCGCGCUCACGAUCAUUUAUGCUAUCAACGCGCACUAGUUAAGUUCGUUAUAAGAACGGUAAAAAGUUAAUAAAGCGUCGAAAGCAGUUAAAAAGGUGAAAUGUUCUGAGAAUAUUUUGAACAAAAAAUGCUUAUCUUUUAAAGUGCAGUGGAGUUCAAACAAAAAUUUUGUAUAUAUAUAUUUGUGGACCAAAGUGUCUAGUGAAGAUUAAAAAAAAUAUAAAUACAUUUUAAUAGUGUUCCAAAGUGAAUGUAUGCAUGAGUUAUCCCACGAAAAUGGCGCCAAAUCAUCAUCCGCAUCAUUUCAUGUUGCAUGGUUUACCGCUGGAGCCAGUUUCACGCACCUAUCAAUAUCGUAAAAUCAUGAAACCAAUGUUGGAGCGUAAACGGCGUGCGAGGAUCAAUAAAUGUUUGGAUGAGCUGAAGGAUUUAAUGACCAGCACUUUACAAGCGGACGGUGAAAAUCUCUCGAAACUAGAGAAGGCUGACAUAUUGGAGCUCACCGUGCGACAUCUGCAUCGACUGCGCGAGACUAAUGGCCUCUUUGUGCGCCACACCGACACGCUCAAUAUGGAGAAAUUCUGGGCUGGAUUCCAACAUUGCGCCGUCGAAGUAUCACAUUUCCUGCAAAAAUAUGAUCAACAAAACAAACAUGUAAAUGGCGAUUUAAUUAAAUAUAUUGCGAGUUAUGUGCCCAACAUGGCAGCAGCAGUAGCAGCCGCAGCGGCCACAGCCAGCGCAACAACUACGCCACCAACCGCACACAUGCCACCGCAGUCAGUGGUGGGACAGCUGCCACCCGUCGGCUGCCGAAUGACCAAUCACCUAAAUGAGCAUUACCAAAAAUAUGGCACAGCGCUGCGCCAACAUCCCGCGGAAGCUGCAGCGGCUAUAAGUAGAAUGGCUACGGCAGCCACAACUGCAACACCGCAACCACCACUGGCAGCGGCGGCGGCGGCAACUCAACAACACGACCGACAACACCCAGCAAUACAAAUAUCCGCUUCAGCGGUUUCCAACUUUGAACGGAUUUGGGAAGCGGCAGCGCGUGCCGCGGCUGCCAACGGCAAGCAACGAAUGCAUCCCUACACUCGCAAGGCAUUGCACAAUCACAGCAAUAAUGCUAGUGGCGCUGAUAGUAUGGCAGGCGGUGAUGAGAGUGAUGAAGGUGGCGAUUGUGGUGAUGCGGACUAUCCAGCAGGCGACGGCCUUGUUUGGCGACCUUGGUGAUGCGCGUCAUUCAUUGUGGAAAACAACAAUUUGCGUUUGGUCGCGGUCGCGGAACAUUAAAAGCGGUUAAUUUUACCUUUUACCAUUUAAUCAGCGCAUGCUUAAUGGCAUGUAAUGCCCGUUUAUGUCUGUAUAUAUAUACUUAUAUAAGUUCGUAGCUAUGUGUAUUUCGAAGGACCACAGCAGCAAAAUUCUAUAUUUGUAUAUUCAAAUUUGUUGUGUAACUGCAUGGUUAAAGCUUUAUUUAUUUAUGUGUACAUAUGUAGUAUGGCUCGUAUUAUAAUUCGAGUUAAUAUAUUAAUAAUAAUAAUAAUGUUUAGCUGGCAAAUACAAAUCUAAUAAAUGCAUACACAUAUUAUAUUUACCUUGGGUAAUUGCAUUUGCCUUAAUGAAUUUCGAAUUUUGCAUUAGCAGAUUGUGUGCGUGCCUGUGUGUGUUUGUGUGAGUGCAUCUAUGUUGCUUCCUGUUUACGUAAUUAUAAAAUGCAAAUCAUAAAUUAAUGUUAUUAUGCAAUAAUUGUGCAGUUAAACUCAAUUUUUGGGCCAUUAGCUUGUUCUGAUUUUUUUCGCUUAUCAUAAUUGAGUAAGUGGCAUUUGAAAUAUGUGGAAUUAUUUAAUAAUGGUUGCGGGGAAUCAUAUUUAGUAGAUGA